CAUUUGCCAACAAGGUGAAAAACGAGAGUGUUACCCUUAAAGUUAAAUUUACAAAUCUUACUCAUCUCAUUGAUUUUUCAGGUGUCUUCACAGAACAUCUUGAAGAUGAUCACGUUAUAAUUGAACGAAAAAUAUUUGCUUAUCAAGAAUACAAUGAAUUAAUUAUAUCACAUAUUCAAAUCACACGAAAACAAUCUAGUUUUGGAAGUAUAAAUAUCCCCGUUAUUAUCACUGAAGAAACUGCGAGCGAUGAUUUUGAUUUCAAAGUAUCAAGAAAUAACGAUUUCGUAUUUUUUGAUGGUACAACAAAAGAAGUUGAAGAUAAUCAAUUUCAAGAUGAAAAAUUAAAAGUUUAUAUCUAUUAUACACCACUACCUCAUGCUGGUCUUGAAUUGGAUGAAACUGAAACAACAAAAGUAUUUGUACACGUAUCAUCAAUGGAUACAAAUCAACAGAAUGCCAAGAAAAGUUUCGACUAUGCAACUGAGUUAAUCUCACAAGGACGUUCAAUCGAACUGUACGAUAAUCAAGUAGAUGCUUGGAUGAAAGUUUGGUCUAGUGGUCGAAUUGAAGUUGAUAAUGUUGAAUUGCAACGUCAAAUCAAUAGUGCAUAUUAUUAUUUAUUGAGUUCACUUCCAGCAUUAAACACAAAAUCAGAUAAAAAACAAUUUUAUGGACUUAGUCCAGGAAGUCUUAGCAGAGGUGGAAAAUUAGGAGAAGAUUAUGGAGGUAAAAUUUAG